UUUUACUUAAUAUUUGAACACUCUUUGUAGUGGCUUGCCAAGAAAGUAAAAUUACUUAAAAAUAUAUAAUUAUGUAUAAAAGUCUUAACAGAAAUAUCUAAAGGUUUUGUGUGGUUAACGUUUUUAACAGUAGGGCUUCUGUCGCUGUAUGUUUGGCACGGUCUCUUUAGCUGUAGCUCAGUCUAAUUAGCCGCCAAUCAGUGCCAAUAGCAGUUUCCUCUUUAUUCCGGAGCACAGUGCGGUCUAACGUCCCACACUCAAUAUGUCCGCCGGGAAGGUCCACAUUUGCUCAGUAGGAAUGCGGUAGGCGGGGCUGCUAGGCUAGUGUCAAACUUUGGGAAUGACAGGAGUGCUGCAGGAUUCUCAAAGAAGGGGAAGUGUCGCCCUUGUUGGUCCUGUUUGGAUUACUUUGACUUCUUCUUGCGCACAGUCUUUGGAUUCACCACCUUUCUACAGAUAGUACGGCCUCAGCAGACUCCUCAGCCAUGUCGGAGGACCUGAGCUCCCAACCCUGGUCCAUCAACAAAGAUGAUUAUGAGCUACACGAGGUGAUUGGGAGUGGGGCCACAGCAGUGGUUCAAGCAGCCUACUGUAUACCACGCAAGGAGAAGGUGGCCAUCAAACGCAUCAACCUAGAGAAGUGCCAGACUAGUAUGGAUGAACUCCUGAAAGAGAUUCAGGCCAUGAGCCAGUGCCACCACCCGAACAUUGUGUCUUACUACACCUCAUUCGUGGUAAAGGAUGAGCUGUGGCUGGUCAUGAAGCUGCUCAGUGGUGGCUCCGUGCUGGACGUGAUCAAGCAUAUCAUCUCGCGAGGCGAACACAAGACAGGCGUCCUGGACGAGCCCAGCAUAGCCACCGUGUUGAAAGAUGUGCUUGAGGGCCUGGAGUACCUGCACAAGAACGGACAGAUCCACAGAGAUCUUAAGGCUGGAAACAUUCUCCUGGGGGAUGAUGGCUCAGUGCAAAUUGCAGACUUUGGCGUCAGUGCCUUUCUAGCCACAGGCGGUGACAUCACUCGAAAUAAAGUGCGUAAGACGUUUGUGGGAACGCCAUGCUGGAUGGCCCCAGAGGUCAUGGAGCAGGUGAGGGGUUAUGAUUUCAAAGCAGAUAUUUGGAGUUUUGGGAUCACAGCCAUUGAGCUUGCCACGGGGGCUGCACCUUAUCACAAAUACCCACCAAUGAAGGUCUUGAUGCUGACGCUGCAGAAUGACCCCCCAGGCCUGGAGACCGCCAUCACAGACAAGGAGAUGGUAAAGAAAUAUGGCAAAUCCUUCCGAAAGAUGAUCUCCCUGUGUCUACAGAAGGACCCAGAGAAAAGGCCAACAUCCUCAGAGUUGUUGAAGCAUAAAUUCUUUCAGAAAGCAAAGACCCAUGAGUAUUUACAUGAGAAGUUACUCCAGAGGGCGCCCACAAUAACAGAGAGGUCGAAAAGGGUACGUCGAGUGCCAGGGUCCAGUGGUCGGCUGCAUAAAACGGAGGAUGGCGAAUGGGAAUGGAGUGAUGAUGAGCUGGAUGAAGAAAGCGAAGAGGGCAAAGCAGCUGUUGCUGCCUUAAGGUCACCAAGAGUGAAGGAGGGAUCACAGAAUUCAGAGGUUUUUCAGACUCUUGAGCCUUUAAGUAGUCAACUCCAGCCAGUGGCCGCAGGUCAGGCAGAACUACCUCAGGCUGCAGGCCAAGUUCCACUGCAGCCCACACCAGUCAACACUCAAUCCACUGCCCAGGCUGCAUCUCCCACACCAGGUGUACCUGCUGCUGCUGCUGUUCCCACACAGGCUGUAGCUGCCAUAGGGGAUGAUUUCAAGGCUCCCAUUAGUUUGGUAUUAAGGUUAAGAAAUUCAAAGAAGGAGCUAAAUGACAUCCGCUUUGAAUUCAUGCCAGGCAGAGACACAGCAGAUGGUGUGUCCCAGGAGCUCGUGUCAGCAGGCCUGGUGGACGGGAGGGACUUAGUAAUAGUUGCUGCAAAUUUGCAGAAAAUAGUUGAUGAGCCUCAAGCCAAUAAAAAUGUCACUUUCAAACUGGCUUCUGGAAUAGAGGGAUCUGAAAUACCAGAUGACGUCAAAUUGAUGGGCUUUGCUCAGCUCAGCAUUAAUUAAACUGUUGUUCUACCUGGGACCGUGACUUGCCUAAAAAAUGUGAAAAUAAAAAAAAUAGUUUAAUGCAUUUUUUCUUUCUAUGGCUGUAAAGAAACCAACUACUGCCAAAGAAAACAGUACCGUUUUGUCACCCAUAGGAUUAUACAACGCUGCCUCCUUGAAUUGGGUGGUCGGCUGAAGUAUUAGAGCGUACAGUAUAAGAAUCACUCAAAAAAGUUUACAGCGUAUAUGUAGAAUGAUGCAACUAUCCUACAACAAACAGUUUUUAUUUACCAUUCUGGUCUCCCCCAUCCUGUUAUUUUAUUCUCUCUAAUAUGUGAUGCAUUUGCACAAUCUGAACUAAUGCCCUUGAAUCCUGAUAAGUGUAACAAUGCCUUAUAUUCAUUAGAACUACUGAAUGCACGUUUUGGGGAAAGUCCCCAUUUACCAUAUGGAGCAUUAUGUUGUCUGAAGUGUACAAAUGUGGUUUCGUUUGCUCAUGUCAAACUUUUUACUUAAUUUUGAGAGGAGGUAAGAUGCAGCUUACUAAGCCAACUAGAAUUUCAAUUUUAGACACACUUCUGUAGUCAACCUGAAACAUUUUCUCACCGACAAGUGAGAAUGUGGCACAACAAAUGUAACGUGACAUUACUUUUUCAGAAGGAUGUGAACACUCCCAACAGUAACAAUCUUUAAAGGAUAAUGCUAGUUUUAUUCUGUAUUUUUCUUAUCAUCAACAAAUGCCAUGAAAAGACCAAAAUGCAACAAUGUGUUAGUCCAUCUCUCAAUACUAUCUGACUCCCUUGCACUGUUUGUAGCACUCAGCCUCAGGCCCAUUCGUUCCAAUGGAAGGUGCAAAUCUUCAAAAAUGGGUCACAAAUAUAUUGUUGUUGUUUUUUUUGUUUUGUUUUUUUAAAGGCGACGUAAUUUCCUGAAACAGCUGGAUACUGUGUUUUUUAUCAAAUGUUACUCAAAUAGAAUUAAACAGUUCAUUCAUUGGGGACUAUUUUCACCUGCGGAUUAAUACACAUUUGGUGCUCUAGUGAGUAUUUACAGCAGCAGGAGAUUGACUUAAAAUAAACUACAGAGCCAAUGUUUAUCAUAAUGAAGGAACAUGUCACCCAGUGCAACAGUGUGGCUUAGUGAUGCAUUUUUAAUAGUUUUUGGGCAAUAAUGGAGCUCUAUGGCACAGAGGAAUAAGAUAUAUCAGACUUUGUGUAUACAGAUAAUACUUAUUAGUAGAAUCGGUUCAUUGUUGGUUUUGGUCUUUAUAUGGGACUUGUUGACAAUAAGAAAAAUAAUAAAUAUUGCCAGUCUUAUCCUUUUUAUCAAGUAUUGAUACAACCAGAAUUCUUAGAAAGAAAAGUCCUGAAAAAAGAGAAAAGUGUGAGAAAAUUUAAUUAAGCUGCUUUUAAAUUAUAACACAUAUAUAGAUACAUAGAUUAUCCAGUACUUCAGUUAAUGUAAACUUCAACAAAUGUACCUAAUGAUAUAACUUAAAUGAUUAGAGAAAAGGAGUGCAAGAUGUUAACUUUUGUCUUCAUUUUUACCGUUACGUUACUAAUUUUGUAGUGCUGGUCUAAACUCAAAAUUGAUGAAUGAAAUCAGAAAGUUGACAAAGAAAACAAUAUUUGCCUCCGCUCAUUUUAUACACGACACUGGCCUGAGGUCUUUUGUAAAUUUGACUAUACAUUGAAAUUAUAGUAAAGUAAAAAGUUUACAACAGCUGAAACCACAAGUGUUGUAUGAGCAGAUUUGUCUGUCUGUUGGUGUCUGUUUGGAAUCAGUGUCUCAAAUUCUUCAACAACAACAAAAAAAAGAUGUAAGUGCAUUUUUGUUUAUGUGGAUGAAACAUGAGUACUUGAUUUAACCUCUAGUAUGUACAUAAUGACAUUUGGCUUUGAUUUGUUUUUAUACUGGGUGUUUCACUCUUGGCCUUUUUUCUGUCCUAUGACACGAUUGUGGGUUGCAGCGCUGCGUGAAGGUAGACUACGACACUGCAAAUUUGGCUUUGAAUUAUCCCGAUUUGCAGGACAUACAGUCACUUACUGUAUGUCGUGUAUGAUGCUCAUUUAUCUUUACUAAAUUUUCAGCUUUUCACUUUUUGCCUUUGAAAAUUUUGAAUAUAUUUAACCGUGGAGCCACAGCUGUCCCGAUGCACUGCUUAAUGCCUGUCCACCUUAAAUUUCCCCAAAUUUUGAGCCGGGUAACAGCAAACUGUUGUCUCCAACUCUUAAUAAUAACCGAGUGGAGGCUGUUUACAAUACUCAUUUAAGCCACAUCUGAAGUCAUGUAGCUUAUUUAUGGCUUGUUAAUCAUCAGCUAAAAUGAGGAUUUUACGUCCUACAGUUUUGAAAAAGCUCAGCUAUGAUUGUAGACAUUUUUGAACGAUCAGAAAUGGGUUUUAGAUUUGGAUGAAAACGGCUGUUAUCAGUACAUCCUUUCAACCACUCUCUGGAUGUUUUUGUGCAUUAAUGACAUGGUUUGAUAAUUAAUGUGCAUCUCGCAGUUAUUGACACUGACGGCAGUGGAAGAUUCAUUUAACACUCUAAUCUGAAACGGCAGCAAGGUUUUACUGUUUAAUUUGGUGAUGUAAUAAUGUCAUAACCCUCCAGAUGCCAUAUUGAAUGAAAAUGAAUUAAUUUCUUCCUUGCAGAUAAAAUGUUAAGGGGAAAUCUUUGUAUUUUGACUUGUUAAAUUUUAUGCUAGCCUUAAAUUGAAAAUGACCAAGUGUAUUUUUUUUUGUCAUAACAUCAAGGUUUUGAUUCAGAUUUUCAGUGUCUUUGAAAUGUAGUUCUUGUUACACGUGAAAGUACCUGAAAUAAAGAUAUACAGGUGUGUCGACCCUGUGUACUCCUCAGAGGGGAGCGACAAAGUCAGCAACCCAAUGUUACUCUUAAGUUUCUAAACUGCAGUAUUUGGUGCCAUUCUCCUGGUUUAGUCUGCAGCUGACGACAGACAAGGACAGGAUAGGUGUGUAUGAGCCCUGAGGGACUUGUGUGUGUGUGUGUGUGUGUGUGUGUGUGUGUGUGUGUGUGUGUUCGUUACAUAGAUUGAGCCCUACUUCUAACAGAGUUGAUGAUCUAAUGGCUUUGUUCUCAUCCUUUCUCCAACAGUCCCUUAUGUCCUGCUUACAUGUACUCUAACAAAGCUGUAGCAACUGAACAGAUGACCGGCAAAAAAACACUUUUGUCCAGGCAAUAACUCAUCAAGGCUGUAAUAUAUUUGAAUUUUCCACCUGUUUUCAGUUUUUUCAUUCUUUCAUUUGCUCUAUUUUUUGAUUGUUUUGGAGUUCAAAGCAUGUCUCUCUUGAUUAUUUUUAAUCAAUAAAGAAUGAGCAUAUCAGCCA